AUGGCCGAAGACGUGCAGCGGGACAAUGAUCCAGCCUCACUGGCUCCGAGGGAUGGAGACGAAUCCGAUACCAUAUCACUCACAUCAACUGCCUUCGAGGUAGAUUCUGAUGCUGAAUACGUUGUCGAGGCCAUACAUAAGGAGAGCUUGAAGAUGCUCGGGGGCAAAUUAUGGCGUUACGUCUUGGUGGAAUGGUCGAACUUCCCAUUGGAUGAAUGCAGCUGGGAACCAUUCGAAAAUCUUUCAAAAGAGUUGAAGGAACAGUGGGAGGCCAAAAAGGUCACCACUGACCCUAACGAGGCCGAUGAGUUCGAGAAGAAGUACGAGCAGGCUCGCACAGUCAAGCUGGAGGAGUCACGUCAGCGCCACCGCAGGAGAAACGCCAAGCGAAGAAAGCUUGGGCUCGUCCGCACCGCUUUCUACUUCAGAGGCCAAGAUUAUCCCGAUUCUGAUGAUGAGCGGCAUAGGAGGGAGGGCGCCUCAGCCAGGGUGAUUGAUACCGCAGAAAAUGAGAUCGUGGUCGAGCCACUCAGCUCUUCCUCAAGUGAUGCUGCUGAAUCCGAAGGCGACAUCGAAGCCGAGCCGCCCAUUUCUUCUGCAAGCGAUUCUGCUGAAUCCCAGGAAGCAGAAGAGCACAACGAAACCGACAUUGAAGCCGCCGACGCCUUGCUUCCUAGCAAGUCUUCAUCUCAAGUGAAGGCAAAGAGGAGAACUCGCCCUAAUAGGAUAUUCACCUAUGAUCCGGACAAGACUGUGUCCGAGGAGAUCGGUACUGCGGAGAAGAAUAAGGGCCUCAAGGCGAAGAAGAGCGGCAAAGCCGCACUUAACGUCUUUACGGGGGGGAGCAGAGCGAGGCAGAGACGAAGCAUAGGAGACGACGAGAUCGAUAGCAGCAAGGGACAGAAGUUCUAUACGAAUCACGCAUUGGUCCGCAAGGCCGAGCACAGGUCCAGAGCCAGAAAUGAUGGCGCACCCGAUAUUCGCAUGAUCCCCGACAUGCUCUUUGUGCCAGGUUCCAACACCAGCAAACAGACCAAGUCCACUCAGCAGGCAGAGGCUCCAAGAAAAGAUGACGAAAAUACAAGGGCCCCCGUGGUCACGGAAGAACGCCCUGUUAGAUCUGCCACAAUGCCUAACCCUGUGUCGUCGAAGAGGUCCAUUUUCAGCUCAGGUACCAACCCCCCCAAGAAGAAAGCCAAGUCGGUGCGCUUUACUGGAGUAAUCGAUGAGCCGUCUAUGAGCAAAUCGAGGUCAGAGCGCUUCCCAAAAGGGGACGAGCGGUUUGUGUGGGAAGCAGACAUGCAAAGCAUCACUGGGGAUGAUACUCUGUUCGUGGAUGAACCGAUGGAGAUCGACAACAGUGCACCCUUCAUGGGUAACCCACCAAUGUCAGACACAAGUGUGCCGGCUGCAGGGUUCAAUGGCCCUUCUCUACCGGCCUACAAAGACCUGUGCUCCGUGAGCAAAAAGAUCAUGCUCUCAACCGCCUCCACCCAAAUACUCGACGUCACUUUCGACGCUGUUCCCAGACAUGAUUCUCAGGCUGCAUACCAGCAGUCGCUGAACGGAUUCUCAGAUUCUGAGCACCUAUGUAUCGGUCAUACAGUCCGGGCCGACGAUUUCAACUCUCAAAUCCCGUCACUUGCAUACCUGGGCUUUCAACCUCUCUUUUCAGGUUCAAUUAGGUCUGAUGAGACAGAUCGCGAGCUGGAGACCAUUGCUAUGCACCUCAGGCUCAGAUCUUCCGGCUUAUUCCUGGCGCAUGAACACUUUAACCUCCUAGUGUUCCCAACUAAAUGCGAGGGAUUCGACCUGAAUGCUCUGGGAGUCAAGUCUGUCAGCCCAGAUAGUGUUGCGCUCAGAUACCUGGUUUUCCGGUCGACAUACCCCAUCUAUCGACUUGUUCGGCCUAGCUCAGAUGUACAAGAGCCCCUACACAUGGAUGUGGGCAUCGGUGCGGACAUGUUCGAGAAAAUACUUAACUUGCGGUACAACCACCUGGUAGCGGGGUCUGCGCAACACAAGAACAAGUUCUUCUUCUUGGCUUUCCCAGAGCGAUCCCUGGCAUGGCUCGCGUCAAUCUGCUCCUGGUUAACAAUGCGCGACCCUGGCUGCAAGAUCUACACCAACUUCGAAACAGGCGGCUGGUCUGCUUUCGUGCGGCAGACAAAGGAGGGGUGCGGCAUCGUUAUCCUGCAUGAGGCCGUAAUCCCUCUCGUGCGUCGAUUCCCAUCGAUGGCUCAAUUGCUGCAGGGAUACAACAUUAACUUUUGGCACUUCUCGGAGUCCCUAGACCUGCAGCAAGUUCAGCCAUCGAUAGACUCAAAGGUCGUUCCUGUGGUACCGACGAUGUUCUCACGUCUCUUCCCUUUCGGGAAGGCCUUCCUGAUAACACCAAGCUUUAUUGUCUCUCAACCUCAAGAGGCUUUGAGGUUCCUGACGUGGUUCUUCGAAACCCAGGCCAGCCAUUCGUCCACUAAAUUAGUGACUGCCUACAACAUCGGCGACUACCUCCGUGAUCUAUUUGAUGAAAAGUGUGCUCAUCUGGAACACAUGCUGAAGCGAUGGAACACCAUGUCUGCACGAGAUGUGGCAACCCAGAAGAGCGCUGCUGCCCUCACUGACCAAGAUUUGAAGGCCAGACGGAAGAUGUGGCUUUACAUUGACAGACAAUUGUUGCAACACUCAGAGGUUGGCGGUCCUUACUCAGGAGACUGCGCGGUGCUCUACGCAGACAGCUCGAUCGACCCACACGACGAGCAAAGCCUCGUCAACUGGUUUGGGUGGUGGUCUAUGGCAUGCAGUGACCAAUACCGGAAAUUUUACGUCAUUGGCUCAAAGUUAUCGAUGGAUGCGGCCAGGGCUCGUCGAAGAUUCAAAGUUCCUAAGUACGGUCGAUCAGUCGUCAAUGAUCCUGAGGAAGCCAUGAGAGCCCUCUUGAAGAGUCAGGGCGAGGAGGUCACGAUGACACAUCCUGAGUCUCAUGACGACACGCAGACGAAGCGCGACAAGAGACUUAGGGGUAAUGAGAACAACCUUGUGCCCUUCCUGGAAUCCCUGGACAGAACACCCAAAUUUAUGGUUUACCGACGCCCGGUAUCUUGGGCUGACACGAAGAUGGCAGAUCAUUUUGGCGACCAUCACAUGAAAUGUGCGACAGUUGAUCAGUGGUGGAACUUCACCUGGGGCUGGCUCAAGGAUCCCUUAAAGUCAUUCAACACAUAUAUCGGGCUCUUCUACACCAUAGAGGAGGACUGGAUCCCAAGUCACUUUCGCCCUGGCUUGUGGCCGAGGCGACAUCCGUGGCUUGCAAUCUAUCGCCCGGUGAAUCCUCAUGAUAAGAGCAUGGGCUUUAGCCAUGGUCGAACCGAAUUAAUCAUAUGGGACAGUCGUGCUGGCCACGAGCUCGAAGGAAAGUCCUCGCUAGGGCUGGCAGACCUGACCUGGAUGCAACGAGACCUCGUCCGCUACAUUCAGCUGCAUGCUCACGAAAAGAAUCCCAACGCGUCCCUCGAGAGAGUCUGGCUGGGUGGUUUCCAGAGGCACCUGAGCCAGUGCCACUCGGCGCUACCAGCAGAUGCCACGGCAGAGUUCCUGCGGAUGAUAUGUGAAGAUCUGGUGCGGCGCGUCCCAGGCCACGAAAGGCACAUGUAUGGCGCCGAUUAUCGCCAGGUCGCUCUGCACCCGACAGGAGGAGAAGCUGUUACCUCGAACACCCAGGAGGAUGACCAACGCCAGCGCGAGGGUGAUGAGGAGAGGGAUGAUGGUCCCGACACCCGUAUCAUCUUUCAUCCACCCCGCGUGUCGGCAGCACUCCAACCCAGGUUCACUUCCAGGUGCACGAAUCAACUAUUUGAGGCCGUACGCGUACACAAGCUCCGGAACCCGGAUGCGCAGGAACUGAUCUAUACUUACACCCCGACAAUGGAAUGGUAUCAGCACCAGGUUGCUGAGGGUCGCCACUUCGAGCACAUUGAGAUCGACAGCUGGGACAAGAUCUUCCAUAGACUGGGUAUUGAUCGCGCAGAGGCACCACCAAAGUCGGCGGAUUCGGAUCGAAGCAUGUCGUCGCCAAUCAAAUGA